CAGUCCUACGUAUAUCAGUACUGAGGGAGGACGGCUUACACAGGUUUGACCACCAAAGUUGAUGUUGUAGUGUAAUGCCAAUAUUUAGCGCAAGUUGCCCACCUUCGCUCAGAUUGGUUGAUCCGGAAGCCCAAGCCAAGUCGAAGAACGAAAUUACAAUUUCGUUCUCCUUCGACUUCUCUUAACUGUGCUCUACCUUCGACACUAAAACCACACAUGGCCGCUUCGGCCGAUGAACACUUUGUGGCGACGACUGUUGAUGAUAAUGAGCCAACAUGCUGGGGUUGUGGAUUGCAUCUUAUUCUUCCAUCUUACACCCCUACUUUCAAGUGUGGUUGGUGUGGAGCCAUAACAAAUCAAAAUAUAUGGAAACGGGAAAGCAAAUACUCUUAUUGGAGACGUUUGCGUGACUGUUUCUUUGUUUGUGUCCUCCUCAUAUUUAUGCUAUUCGUCAUAUGUGGUGGAGUGUGGGCAGUAUACCCUGUUGUUUUCUCGAUUAGCUACUUUUAUGGGAUUUUUCACUUGACCAUCACGACGAUCCUGUCUAUAUCUACACUUUCUACUUUCAGCCUUGCAGCAUUCAGCUGUGCUGGUACACCGCCAAGCAUUAUGUGGGGUACCUACCCACUUGUGGGGAAAGGUGACCUUGAAAACUAUACCUUCUGUCACUAUUGUUCAAAACCAAAAUGUCCUAGAAGUCAUCACUGCCAGAUAUGUGGAAUUUGUGUACUUGACUUGGAUCAUCAUUGCCCAUUUAUCGGGAACUGUGUCGGUGCAGCUAAUCACCGGCACUUCAUCACUUUCCUCAUUUUAACGGUUGUCAGUACGAUUUAUGUUGCAAUCAUGUCUAUAAAUGCGGGGUUGCAAAUCUGGCCGCCUGUAUCAUUGAGGUCUCGUAUCCACUUACAUGGGCUCAGCACUGAUACUGCUUUGGCAAUUAUGAAGGAAAUCAUUCUUGCUUUGCUGAACUCUGCUGAGCAUUUGUCUACUAGGGGUCUUCUUCUUGUUUAUCUUUUCGUUGCUAGUAUAUCUGUAAAUGUUGGAUUAAGCGUACUUCUGUGGCAGCAGCUGCGUUUUAUAUACAAGGGUGAAACCUACUUAAGCCAUUUAGCUUCUCAAGGAAGUGAGCAGGAUGGAGUGAAAGAUUGCCAAAAUCUUUUCCAUUUUUUCGGUUGCCCAUAUUCUGUUUCGAGAUACUUGCCUAUCAUGCGCAGUUCCCCAAAAACACACAAGAAAUGAAAAGAUAUGUAAACGGUAAUAGAGGUUUUGGAAUCAUGCUCUCCACUACUUCCUUUGGUGCUUUUCAGAUUCUUCUCCACCAGCUCUUUAAAUGCUGAAGACCUCAGAAGUAGGCUUAGAGCAGUUGAUGAAGAAAAAGAUGAUGACUUGGAGCAAGGAGUAUAGAUAGGUAUCUUGGUAUGGAAAAUGUGUUGUGCUUCAGGGUUACAGUCUAAGGCUUUACUUCAAAAGGAUUGGAACUGAAGAUGGAGAGGUUUAGUUGUCUGGCCUUUAGAAUAAUGUAAUCGGAGAGAGUUGCCAUGGGCUGGGACUUGAAACUUAUUUUUUGUGCUUGGAAAGGAAGAGGAGUACAGCUCCUGGUUUUAGCCACCUGAUGUAUGUACUUUCAAAGUUGGUCACUGCAUUGAUCCCUCUGUACUCAAUUGCUGCAAUGUUAUAGGCAUGAGCAGCCUCCUCUUGGGUGCCUAUAAAGCAAUUCAUUAGUUUUGCAGGAUUUCAA